AUGACUUUGAUCCUGCGAAAAAUCGAAGUCGAACAUGACCACGGCCUCACGAACAAAGAAUUAUUCCUUACAAACCAUGACUUGAAGAUUGUCGAGCCCGAGCGACGUCAAUGGACCGCCUUCAACUUUGUUGGUUUCUGGAUCGCCGACUCGUUCAACAUCAAUACGUGGAUGAUCGCUGCUUCUUCGCUUGACAAUGGUCUGUCAUGGUGGCAGGCUUGGAUUUGUGUCUGGGUCGGAUACAGUAUCUCGGCAUUCUUCAUCUGCUUGACUGGUCGUGUGGGAGCAGUCUACCACAUCUCCUUCCCAGUCAUGAACAGGUCUUCUUUUGGUAUCUUUGGAUCGCUGUGGCCUGUGUUCAACCGCGCUUUGAUGGCUUGUAUCUGGUACGGUGUACAAGGCUGGAUCGGCGGCGAAUGCGUCUACCUCAUGAUCCUCUCCGUCUGGCCCUCGUUCGGCACGAGAGCGUCAUUGACCAAGGAAAUCGCUCUUGGAGGCAGCGUCAACUACCUGAUCGGCUUCAUCCUCUUCUGGGCUGGCUCAUUGCCUUUUAUCUGGUUCCCCGUCCACAAAGUCCGUCAUUUGUUCACCGUCAAGGCUGUCGUGGCACCCACAGCCGGUAUCGCCUUCCUCGUCUGGGCUCUGGUCAGAGCUGGCGGCGCAGGCGAAAUCAUCCAUCAACCGGCCAAAGUCCACGGUUCAAAACUCGCUUGGGCAAUCAUCACAGGCAUCAUGUCUUCAGUCUCCAACUUUGCCACUCUGAUCGUCAACGACCCUGAUUUCUCCCGUUUUGCAAGCAAACCCAGCGACGCUUUGCUCCCUCAAUUCAUCACGAUUCCCGUGGGCUUCGGCCUCACCUCUCUCAUCGGCAUCCUAGUGGGCUCAGCCUCGGCAGUAAUCUACCCGGAACUCGGCGCGGUCUGGAACCCGCUCGAACUGCUCAAAGCCUUCAUCACGCAAGACGGCCACGGCAGCGCAGGCGCCAGAGCAGGCGUCUUCCUCAUCGCCUUCGCCUUCGUGGUCGCGCAACUCGGCACAAACAUAGCCGCAAACUCCAUUUCGGCAGGUACAGAUCUGACCGCCUUGCUCCCUCGCUACAUCAACAUCCGCCGCGGUGGAUACAUCUGCGCCGUCAUCGGUAUCGUGAUUUGUCCCUGGCAAUUCGUGGCGGGCAGCAGUACAUUUACCACGUACCUCUCGGCCUACUCUGUGUUUUUGUCUGCGAUCGCCGGACCGAUGAUUGUGGAUUACUAUGCUGUGCGCAAGGGAUACCUCCAAGCGCGGGAUCUGUACUCAGCCGAUGUCAAUGGACCUUACUACGGCACGUUCGGCAUCCAAUGGCGUGGCUACGUGGCCUAUAUCUGCGGUAUUCUUAUCAACGUGGUCGGUUUUGCAGGCGCAUGCGGCGUCGAUGUGCCCAUUGGCGCUACAUACAUUUACCGCCUCAAUUUCUUUACCGGGUUUUUGGCAAGUGGAGGUGUGUAUUACAUUCUCUGUCGCAUUGCGCCUGUGGAGGCACAAAAUCCCGUGGGAAGCUGGUUAGAGGCGCCAGAGCCCAACGAGGAGGAUUUGGGUAAUGUGGUCAGUCAUGGCAAGGAAGUGGAGUAUGCGACUGGUUUGGAUGUGGAGCAGCAGCAACAGCAAGGGGGCUUCUUUAGGAAGAAGAUGGAUGCUAUUGCCAAGGCUUUGUAG